GAGGGACUUCCGGUGCGCCCUCGGCCCAGUUUCCGGUGUCCAGCGACCGCUUGCCUGGCGCCCUGGGCUGGUCUCGAGGACGCUGCGGACGGCGAGGCUGUGCUGAUUUUCCUGGUAGCGGGGCCUUUGGUGAGGACGGCGUGCGGAGCAGGGGGAAUGAAAGAUGGCAGCACGCCGUGCGUUAAAAGCUGUUUUGGUGGAUCUCAAUGGCACACUUCACAUUGAAGAUGCAGCUGUGCCAGGCGCACAGGAAGCUCUUAAAAGGUUACGUGGUACUUCUGUAAUGGUUAGGUUUGUGACCAAUACAACCAAAGAGAGCAAGCAAGACCUAUUGGAAAGGUUGAAAAAAUUGGAGUUUGAUAUCUCUGAAGAUGAAAUAUUCACUUCUCUGACUGCAGCCAGAAAUUUAGUAGAGCAGAAACAGGUUCGACCCAUGCUGCUAGUAGAUGACCGGGCACUACCUGAUUUCAAAGGAAUACAAACAAGCGAUCCUAACGCUGUGGUCAUAGGACUGGCACCAGAACAUUUCCAUUAUCAAAUUCUGAAUCAAGCAUUCCGGUUACUCCUGGACGGGGCACCUCUGAUCGCAAUCCACAAGGCCAGGUAUUACAAGAGGAAAGAUGGCCUGGCCCUGGGGCCUGGACCGUUCGUGACGGCUUUAGAGUAUGCCACAGACACCAAAGCCACAGUAGUGGGAAAACCAGAGAAAACGUUCUUUUUGGAAGCAUUGCGGGGCACUGGCUGUGAACCUGAGGAGGCCGUGAUGAUAGGAGACGAUUGCAGGGAUGACGUUGGUGGGGCUCAGAAUGUCGGCAUGCUGGGUAUCUUAGUACAAACUGGGAAAUAUCGAGCAGCAGAUGAAGAAAAAAUUAAUCCACCUCCUUACUUAACUUGUGAGAGCUUCCCUCAUGCUGUGGACCACAUCCUGCAGCAUCUACUGUGAUCCUUUAUGUGAAUCAGAAGCAACUCUGGAAUGAAUCCCUCCCCAACUCCAUGCCCGCAGAGAUAGACAUGGACCAACCCUCCUCUAUUGUGCAUUAAUUAGAAAGAAAGGUAUUGAAUUGCAGCCAGCCACUGAGCCUUGCUUAUCCCUUUUGUUUUAUUUUGUAAAAGAAGAUGAGACCCAGAGAAAGGGAAAGCUGAGAUUUUAUGUCAUUCCUUUUAAAAUAUUCAUCAGGCUAGGCAGGGCUGGGAGGGGGACUCUCCUGCAGGGAGUCGUGUUCUCUGCUGUCUCCUCACUGGCACAUUGGGAGGGGGGAGUGUUCAGAUUGUGAAUAAAAGUGAAUGGCAUUUUUUAAAUUAUAAAAUAAUGUGUCAAAAAGUGUGUCGGGCUAAGGUUUUAACAUUGAGCUCAGCUGUGAAAUCCAUCAGAAGUGCCAAGUGGAGUACAAGUCAGAAGAAGCAAAAUAAAUUGUCCUUUAGCCCAAGUGAUCAAGUGAAUUUGCUUUAACGGAUGUUGAAAACUAGAUUAUCUCCUGUAUUAUUCCCAGCACGGGUGACUUCUUUUUCUCUUCAUUAGCCAGAGAUGACUAAUUUAAAUUUAGAACCUGAUUUUAAUUUAAAAUAAUAUUUCCAUUAAUAACCUAUUCAUUGCAGAUACCUAUUAUACUGUGUAACAGUUGUUUUGGAAAUUUUAUGUAAAAUUAAAACUAUCAGUAUUUUA